CUUAUCCUAAGCUUGAUGCAGCAGUUGUUCAACUGCGAACAUCGUCCCACACGCUGCGUAUAGUAGGCUCCUCCAUCUCCCUCUCUAACCAUUUCAUUAGCUGCUGUGCCACGCCCUAGAAGAUAAGACCUCUGCCCCGGCCCGGCCAUCGCCAUAGCUUUUCCGCGGGUCGUCACACUCGCCACCCCUCUUGCCCGCGCGCGCCUGUAUUUAUGCACCUGCCACGAGCACGGCUGCAAGCUAUUAGCAGCCAGCUCCUUCUCAAGUUACACGAGGACUCAGCGUAGUAUCGUAGGCAGAAUUAUAAGCCUGACAGUGCUCGAUCAGUUAUUUCCUCAGCUUCUCAGUGAAGUCGAGUCGUUCGUGAACCAAAUUUUUUGAAGCUAGCCGUUCGGGAGUCAACGAUGGCAAAGAAGAUCGUGAUCAAGGUGACCAUGCCCAACGCCAAGAGCCGCGCCCGGGCCAUGGAGCUGGCCGCCAAGGCGAGCGGGGUGGGGUCGAUAGGGAUCACCGGCGACCUCAAGGACCGGCUGGAGGUGGUCGGCGAGGGCAUCGACAUCACCUGCCUCGUCCACUGCCUGCGCAGGAAGCUCUGCUGCCACGCCGAGAUCCUGCAGGUGGAGGAGGUGAAGGACAAGAAGCCCGAGCCGGAGAAGAAGACGGAGGAGCCCAAGCCCUGCCCGUGCCCGGGGCAGUGCCGGUGCGCCGCCGUCGGCUACUGCCACGCGCCGCUGCCCAUGGUUCUCUGCGAGGACGACCCGCCGGCGGGAAGCUGCUGCGUCAUGUGAAGCCAGCAGUAAGAUGAUGGAUUUCGCCAAGCAUUUGUAUGUGUGAUUUGGGUUUUCUAAACUGUUGCCACAGCAGUACACCACAGCUUCUUCGUGUGCGCAUGUGCGCAAAUUAAACGUGCUUCUGGUUUGCUUUCGCUUCCGCCAACCAUCGACAGUGUAACUAAAUGGAUAUAUCACUGCAGACUGUAUAUUCUCCCCGUUCCAAAUUAUAUGGUCGUUUUAGCAAAUUUAGAUGCAUAAUUUUUUAUUAUGGAUCUAAAUAUUGCCAUUGCAGAAUCUAUACAUCUAGAUUUGCUAAAACGAUGAAUAUUUUGAAACGGAGGGAGUACGUUGUAUGUGCAUGUACUUGUUGAAUUGUUUACGGUAUCCAUCCAGCUGUGAACUUGAUGCAGA